AUGGCUCUGUUCGACGAUCCUCGAUUCCUGCUCUCCCACAUCCGGCAUUCAUUCAGAAAUUCGGACGAGUCGAGAAUGUACGAGCUGGCCAUGGUGACAGAUAUCAUGCAUCAGAACCCGUUCGAACCGAUGCGUGGCAAAGAUUCGACUACAUCGUCUCCCUCGUCGCUGCUCAGCGCUCAGCUAGAUCUCUACUCGGUGAACGACCCGGAGCUGGUUCAGAUGGCUCACUCGUGCGAUAUCGUCAUGGACAAUGAGUUGGUGGGCGCCCAUCGCCGGCGAUCGAACACCGCGCAGCGUUUGGACAAACUCAAGAAGGAGCGUCGCCUGCAGGCCAAGAUUAAGAGGAUCACCCUGCGGAAUCCGCAUCCGACCGACCAACAGGACCCUAAAGACGGAACCAUUGUAUUUGUUGCGAAGGAAAUCAGGAGGCAACCAUACGAUCCAGCUGCGGAGAAGAAGGUCACAUCUCUAUUGAGUCACCUCUUGAUCACCCGUCCACUGCCCGUCAAUCCAUUCUCAGCAUACAGCCGACUAGAUAUCCGAGGUCAACCAACUGCAAAGCGGAUAAAGGUUUAUCUCCCGAUGCUCCCUGAGGCUGAUAGAGGUUUCCCGAUGACAGUUUCCUGUGACGGGAAUACCACGGUCGGAGAUCUGAUAGGUCUCAUCUGUUGGCAGUACACCAUCGAAGAGCGGAAACCAGACCUUAAACCUCAUACGAAGUAUUACUGUCUGCGAUUUGCCGAAGAAACCGGCGAGGUCGAAGACGAAUUCCCUUCGGUCGACAAUCGUGAACCCAUCGGGAAAUAUGACUUUCCGAGCUAUCAGAUCCAGGAGAUCACACCGUUGGAUACGAUGCCGUUCGUCGUCACCUUCUACAUGAACGAAGGCUUCAGCAAAGUCACUCUUGAAGGAGAGGGCGCAACUUUGAGGGACGCGGUCAACGAGCUCUUCAAGCAUCGGGCUGGUCUGCAGGACGCAAUCGGCAGCGAUUUCGUCGUGGAGAAGAGGACCGGGCCGGGAGUUCCGCUGAGUCUGGACGCGAGACUCGAUUCAUUUUACACGACGGAGUUCCGACUCCGGGCUGAAGCAGCCCCGCCGGUGCAGCAGAGGGUCAAUAAACACACACCGCGGCUCCCGGAGCUGAAGAUGUUCUCAGCCGGGAGUUUUCAAACCUACAUGGUCCAAAUGAUCCAGAAAAUCGGGAAGAAUGUCACCGUGCAAUUAGCCGUCUCGAGCGAAAAAAUCGAAAUCACGCCACUGCCGCAAAAAUCGGUCAACAAAAUGCUGUGGCAAGUUAAGCCGGCAUCGCACAAUAUGAAGUACAUAGCUGGCUGCGAACUCAUGACUCCGAAAAUGAUUCUUGAAUUCUUCCAUUUUGCAGGUAGUGAUAAACGGUGUCUGAAAAUUGUGUACAUGGAUGGUGAGAGUUUCAAGGACUAUAUGUUCGAGGCAUCGAUCGAGAAAGCCAGUGAAAUCGAUGAUCAGAUCAAGAGCAUUCUUCAGAUGCGGAGCACCGACGCUCAGAAAGCCUAUAACGUCGAACGGCAGAAACGUUUAUCAAGAAAGCCAAGUUUUCUGUCGAAUCCUUUCGGAUGA